AUGUCUAAGAGACUGUCAAUCAGUGAUCAGCCGCAGGGGACUCAAAUUCAGGAUGAAACUAUUCAAAAACGGUAUAGGGGUAUACUGAAACAAUCAUCCAGCCAAAAUAUGGAUUUGACUGGUUCCUUUCAUGUUACGGAAAUAAACAACGACUCAAACGAGGCGUUUACUCAACCCAUUAAUCGUAGCGAUUCACUUCCUAUUGAUCGAGAGAACAAUACUACCUCCAAAAUCAGUAUGAUUUCCUCGCUGAAUAGACCUGAUAGAAGGGUUUCUUUUGCACCUGAUGUGACACUUCACAGUUUCAAUUUAGUAACUGCAAAGCGGACUCCCAAAGAUGAGAAGUCUACCAGUAACUUAGUAAAGGUUGAGAAAAACUCUACUGCUAGUCUAGACGAUAGCAUAGAAAGAAAAGACUAUGAUGGGGAAGAAAUGUCCAUGGACUUGACACAACCAACUGAAAACAUUGUGAAAGCAAAGCUCGGUUCGGAAACCGCACAAGAAUUCCAAAACUCACACACUUCUCAACUCGAAAACAGGAUGGAGCUAACAGAAGUAUUCAGGGCAGAUGAACUGUCUCAACCUGUCGGAGAAAGUAUGGAUUUUACUGAGAGACAAGAGAAAUUAUCUCCAAUCAUUUUACCAUUUGUAGAUAGAAAAGAGUAUGACACCUUUAAUGAGCAAGAUGCUACAAUGGAUCUGACUGACAUGCACCUACCUCAGACAGCCCAGAGUACACAACAUAGCGAUACAAAACUGGAGAACAGAGAAUUCACUGAAGUACAAAUUAACCGAAAUGGCGAAAUACAACAACAGGAAGAGUCAAACAAUAAUGGUCAAAAAGUGCUAGACACCGAUGAUCAGAUUGAACUUGCAGCUAUGGAACUGACACAAAUAAGGAAAGAUGGAUCUUUCUCACAGAAGUCCUCCUUUGAAGAAAGUCAGGGAGAAGAAAUGGAUUUGACAGAGAACAUCCAGAAACCUUACCAAUACUCACUUGAUAAUGAGCAAACCAAAAAACAAUCAGCUAAUAAUAUGGGGCCGCCACUGGAACCUGAGGAAAAUAUGACGAUGGAACUAACUAGCGUCCAACGGGAUCACACACCACCAGGCAAGAGAAGGAAAUUGACAAAAGAUGCAAACAGUAGUGAAGCUAUCAGCAAUGCUGAGAAAAUGUCGCCCAUACGAUCAUUAGAAAUUCAGCAGAAAUCACUAAGUCCAUCGUAUUCACUUAGAGAGUUUAUCGAGGGUAUUGGAGACGGCUUCUUACCAAAAAUCUCACUAUUGCAAAAGAAUCCAAAAAAGAUAACCUUUUCAUAUACAAAGCCAUUGAAAGGGCCAGAACCCGCCGUAGAAAAAGUGUACGCUACACUCCAAUAUGAACUACCGGUAUUGCAAUUGAAAAAUUUCAUUGCGCUGGAGUUACUACGAAGGAACAACCAAUCCAACCUUGAUUUCAUGAACUUACAAGAACAAAUUAAAUCAUCAUCUUCCCCUCCUCUGCUUUUGAAAGAGUACUACGAGUCUUCGACAGAUAUACAAGAAGCCAUGAACCAACAAUUGCAGAUAUUGAAAGGCUACUCGACAUUGGUGGCCAAAAAAAACUGGUGUAAAUGGCAGAUAUCUCAGCUGGAACGAAUUAAGGAAGUCUUGAAGGAAAAUGUGGCAGCGUUAGAUCAAAAAGUUCAAACGAUAAGUUCUAAACUAUCGACAUGCAGGGAUAUUGCCCAAAAAACAGAAAGAAUCAAAGACUGGAUUAAACAGGAUAUUUUGCUGUUGAAGGACCCUCCUGAGAUUCAUGCAAGCAAUACGGAUUCCUUGAAGAGAAAGGUUAAGCUGGAAUCAAUGAAACGUUACUUGGCGGUGCAAAAACUGACUGUUGAAAAACUUCCUGUUUUGAUAAAGGAGAAUGAGGAGCUGAAGACCCGAUUAAAAGAAAGCAAAGAGAAGCUGGUAGAAUUAGAAAAGAUAACCCGUGAACAAUCAGUCGACAAGGGUGAGGAAAAAAUAAAACAGUUACAAAAUAAGCUUGAUUUUGUUAAGAUGGUUACUGGGAUACACCUGAUUGGAGUAGAUCAAACAACUUUGAUAGCGCGCUUCGACACCAUACCUGGGAUUGAGUUCACCUUCAACACCAAUGUCAAAUGUGAUCGACUCAUGGAUUUGAACCAAGAUAGUCUCGUACUUGGAUCGUUUUCACGUUUUUUGAUGGAACAUCUGGUUUUCAGUCGGUUCAGUAGCGAUGUCAAGGUUGGCGAUGUUCUCUCGGACAUAUUAUUGAGAAUCAGAAAAACGGGUUACAUUUUACGGCAGUACCGUAUGUUGAGUCUGUUGUUCAUAACCCACUGUAAUGUUUCUGAAGAGAAUAAUCCUGACACGGAGACAACAAUAGAAUUGAAAGACUUCGAUCUGGAGGCUAAUUCCAAGAUCGUUUACAUUCUCUCUUUCUCUCAGUUUUUGAGAAUGAUACGGCACGGGUGUGAUGAUAAACUUGGUAUAAGUAUAUCGGCAAAGUCUAAUAACAAUAACCUGACUGCACAGGGUGCAGCCGGUCGGAUCUGUGAGAGAACGGCUAAUAUUUGGCCAUGGCUAAUGGAGAAGAAUAUCACAGUUCAAAUUCGAUAG